UAUCACGGGAGCGCAUACCUGGGUGUCUAGUACCCGAAUGUAAUCAUUCGCACGAUGGGUCUAUGUCAAGUUUGCAAAGCGCUUGACAUUGCUCUUCUACUACGGGGGCAUAGCAGGAACGCGAACGCCACUAUACCAUUCCAUGCAGAUCUCUUCUACGUCAGACGAUCUGCAAGCAAUGGCUGUGGCCUUUGUAAGGCGUUAUGGACAGAAUUCAGUCAGAAGCCGUCUUGCUGGCAGGAUGGCCAGCUCGGUCCACAGUUGAAGGGAUCGAAUCUCAUAAUCACUUGCCUGAGGGCUGCAGUUCUGUAUAUUAGGGUGCCUGGUGUCUCGCCAGCGCCCUGGGCUGUGCUUCAGCUUCUUCGAGACGGACGUCUGGAGUACGAUUCUGAGCCAACAUCAUUGGUCCCAUUUGCUGGGGUUGAUAAGGAUCCAACUUCUGGUCUCAAGUUUGCUAGUGCAUGCCUAAAAGAAUGUGGUCAACACCACUCAGAGUGCGAAAGUAACUUCUCGGCGCCAGAUCGAUUGCUCGCAGUGGGAAACAUAUCCCGCGACCCUCACCUUGUCUCGUUACAGUCUCGUCAAGAUAACAUAGGUGUAAAAUGGGCAGCGCUGAGCUACUGCUGGGGUGAUGCUGUUGAGCCUAUGGUGAAGCUAGAUUCUGACAACCUGUCUAAACUUGAGAAAGGUGUUCCGUUGGAAGACUUUGAUGCUACCAUCCGGGAUGCUAUCAUUGUUACACGCAAGUUGGAUAUCCCAUACCUUUGGGUGGACUCGCUGUGUAUCAUACAACAACACGGUUCGUCCGACUGGUUCGAACAAUCUUCACGAAUGAAUCAAAUUUACGGCGGGUCCUACGUAACGAUAGCAGCUCUGGAUUCUACCUCGGUGAAGGAAGGCUUCCUCAAAGAACGUAACAUUGUAGACAUUGGUCUAGAGUGGAAGCGUAAGCAAAGCGGUCAUAAAUAUCGUAGUGUGACGCAAAGACAACCGCUGCUUGUCUCUACAUCAGUUGCGCAAUGUGAUCCAGAAGGCCCGCUCCUGAGGAGAGGCUGGACAAUGCAGGAAUCACUGAUGCCUAACCGUAUUAUCUUCUUCUCUGCACAAGGAGUAACAUGGACCUGCCAGAAAUGCGUCAAGACCGAGUCAGGCGAUAGCGUUACACCAUUGGAUGACGUACUUGAGCAAUGGAAACAUACAGCAUCGGAUCCAGGCGACAUCUGGGGUUAUGACCUCUACACAAAGUUCAAACUAUUCUCGUGGCAGCUUGGAAUACGCGCCAACAAUCCUGGGGAGAGGUUUCGUCUGUGGUGGCAGAUCAUUGAGCAGUACAGUCCUCGCUCAUUCACGAAAAUGUCCGAUAGACUCAUAGCGAUCUCAGGCGUCGCUAGUCUGUAUGCCGACAUGGCAGAACUCGGUGAUGGACACACUUCCUACUACGCUGGAAUCUGGAAAUGGGAUAUUCCUUGCGGGCUCUGCUGGCGAUGUCCGGAACAGCUUCUCUCUCCAGAACGACCUGAACUAAGAGACAUGGACACAUAUUUUCCAUCCUGGAGCUGGGCAAGCGCACCGAAAAAUGCCAUAGUGUACAAUGGUCUCGCAAACGAGUACUUCAGAUCUAUGUCUCGACUUGUUAAUAUCAAAGUCGAGCUUUCUGACCCUUCGAAUCCAUUUGGAUCGGUCAAAAGUGGUCAAGUAGUCGUGGAAGGCCCCCUGAUGUCUCUCACGGCACUCUUCAACUCACGAUGGAAAGAUGAUUAUGCACCAAUGUCUAGCCUGGAACGAUGCAUAGCUUCCAAGAUUGAUCAUGAAAAAAGGAGCCGCCAACUUCAAUCAUCACUCAAGGAUGAACAGCCAGAUCAGUUCGUAGCCAUGAUUUUGGGCCAAGCGUUCCAUGAGCAGAUGAAUGCUAUGGGCGUGAUCACAUCUGGUUUGGAGAGGGUACAACUGACUAACACUCCACUCAUGAGCCCUGUACCUUUAGCACCGUCAAUUUAUACAAAUCUCAUUGUACUCAUCUUACGCAAAGCAGGCACGGAUUCAGACAACCAACAGCUCUAUAUGCGCCAUGCUUUGAUUAAUAUCAACACCGUCGCGUGGGACAAGCUAUCAACUGGGAUCCCCCUUGAUGACUACUGGACGAAUCUGGAAAAUGAGUUUGCGUCGUUCGAUCCCUCAUUUAAGAAUGCAUUCAAGAAUGCUGAACAACGUGAUCGUCCAUUCUUGCUCGCUGUAAGAGAAGCAGCACCGAAGCAGAUGCCAAAAGAGUUCUUGCCGCAUCGUCUGAAUGGCAAUGUCAUUGAGGAUUAUCGGAGGAAGCCUUGGCCGCUAGGGACGGUGACGAUUGUGUGAAGAGUACGAUACGCGCACGCGAGGUCGAGAUACAUGUUAUAGGCGUUCCUAGUCAUUAGCAAGCAAAACAGUACACCUCUCUCUCUGGUCUGGUCUCUCUUUUUCCAUUCCUUCAGGAGAAGAUGCACUACAGACUGCUCUUUGAACUCCAUCGAGUUUCUGAAAGUCUUAAAAUGCUUUAUGGUUCGUCUCCAGAUUCAUUCCUGGCUCUGGCAUGAUCCUGUGGAUCUGAGGAGAAACCAGAGAUCUAACAUGAUGCUGUUUGUCUCAAUGACU